AAAGUUGGUAGCACGAGUUGUUCAACCGCAUCAUUCAAAUUCAUCGCUGAAAACAGUGAAAACAUUAGAAGCGAGCGUUCAAACACUAGUCCUCGUACGAAACGAGAAGCCAGAACGUGAGCGAUUAUUCGAAUCCUCGUUGUGUUUUGUUUAUUUAGUGCGCUAUUGAUAUCAUUAUGUCAACACUUCUGCUCACCCCUGGAUUGAAGAAGAACGAAUGCGUAUGUGAGGAUGAAAGGCCCAGAGUAGAAACACCUCCAGUGGAAGAUGAGGAUGCACACAUUAUCAUACCAGAAUGGCGUUUGCAGAAGGUUCAAUCACCAAUUGAGUUGACACACGACGAGAGCAAUGAGUACGAUCAUUUCGAACCACUAGAAUUCCAUGGUCAUUGGGAUCAAGGAGGCAGAGCCUUCUUCACUAACAAUGGAUAUACUGUUACGUUAAGAUUUGAAGACCGUGAUCUGCCUCUUUUACUGGGCGGGCCUCUCCACAACGACAGCUACAUUUUUGAGCAACUGCACUUUCAUUGGAGUGAUGAUGACCAUAGCGGUUGUGAGCACAUUUUUGAGGGGAAAGCAUAUUCAAUGGAAGCUCACGUAGUCCACUACAAUAAGAAAUAUAGCAGUUUUAACGAAGCUCACGAUAAACAUGAUGGUUUAGCUGUUGUUGCCUUCUUCAUUCAUGCGACAGACGACGACGAGCAUCCUUGCUUCAACAAAAUCACAGAGGGCGUAAAGAAGAUUCAGAAAAUAAAUACAACCACGGAAGUUGCCUCAGACUGCCUGACAUGGAUUAAUGAAGCGGCCAAAUGUAAAGGAUAUUAUACCUACCAAGGAUCUCUAACAACUGAACCGUAUACAGAGUCAGUCACCUGGAUUUUGUACCCUACACCAAUACACGUCAACAGGCAACAAGUUGCACAUUUUAGAGAACUCAAAUCUACCCCAUGUGAGAACUUCAACAUCUUGAAAAAUGUUCGGCCUGUUCAAACCCCACCACCUCACAAGAAACUGGAUAUUAUUUACGCACGAUCGCAUAAAAUGAGUGACUAAUCUUUCUUUUUAAUUUGUAUGUUUCAUCACCGUUAGGAGAAUUUGAAUUGACUUUUGGUACUCGCACCUGCGGUUUAGUAAAUAUUUAAAGAGUGAGAAUGUAAUCAUAUAGUAAUUGUAAUUUGUAUUUUAUUAUGAUUAUUCUAUUUUUGGAGGAGAUAUAUUUAAUAUACAUCAAUUCUUUCAGGAUGAUGUUUUGCUUAUAUUAAAUUUUAUAGAUGAAAUCUAAUAAUAAAUAUUCAAUCCAAU